CUGGCGACUUCUGUUUCAGUGUAUCUGAAGAAGUGUGCAUGCACACGAAAGCGCAUACCCAGACUUUUUAUUGGACUUUUUAUUUUUUUUAUAUUUUGACUGCCCUUAGGUUUGUUCAGGUUAACUGCAGAAUUCUGCCCCCCCCCCCCAUUUUAGAUUCAAGCAAGGAGGCAAGCUCCCUUUGACAGCAGAGUUGUUAGGCUUCCGCCAGGCAGCAGAAGCUUACCAACACUACCUCCACCUUCUGUUGCUUCUUCAAAUAUGCACUUUGCUCAACGGUCCUUGCUAUUAAUUCAUUUUUCUCUCUCCUUGGCUACUCUGCUUCAGGAGUGGGUAGAAAAACCCACUGCAAAACAUGGUGACAAAUUAUAAUGCUAAAUAUUCUUUUCCUGUACCUCAGUGCCUUAUUCUUUCAACUUCUUGUCCACUUGAUUUGGCUAACAAAUAGGUUUCAACCUGUAAACGAGUGAUUUGCUCUACAAUUAGACCAUUCCUUUUUUCUUUUUCUGUCCACCCCUUCUUUUCCUGCCUGCUUCGAUGCAUCCCAUCUAUGGGCUCAUUGGUUCUUCUCUUAUUUAGUGCCUGUGAUGUUUAAAAGCAAUAAGCACACUGAGAGUUCAUAAAAACUAUAAGGUAUCACUAAAAGCAUGUAAUGCCUCUAUUUAUGCUCUAAAAUAAAUGUAAACCAAAUGAUGAGCCAAAAUGCUAAGAAAAAUGGCAGGAAGGUUCAUUAGCUGGUUAAAGGCAGUUGGGGAAACUAAACUUCCCUGUCCCUUUUUCUUUCUUUUUUUACAUUUUCCAAUAUUGCAGAUUUGCUCCAAAUUGCAGUAAAAAAUAGUAAGAUUGGGAAAACAUGCACGUGUUCCUCCAACCUAGGAAACCUGAUGUCUGAUGUGGACAUGUGCAGAGGUAUUCAUUCAACUGUCCAGCACACCAGGAGGGCCAACGUGAAUAAAAUAAUGAGGGGCACAGGUAAGCCCCGCCAUGCAAUGCCCUCAAAUAUUUUAUGAGGGGGUGAAGGUACCUUGACCCUUAGGAGUUGGCUUCCAUGCGACCCAUACACUUGUGGAUCGUUCCUAUUUUUAAAAAACCUACCUGCCCUUCUGGCACCAGAGCCCACUUGGUCUCCUUUGGGGGCUUCUGAGGUCCCCUCCAGCCCAGCACUCGGCACACAAGGUGCUCUCCUGGGGGAAGCGGAGCCCUUUGCCGCAAGGCAACUUCGCUGUGUUUCUCCAAAGCAGCAGCUCCUGUGCUUGUCUUGCGUAAAAGAGCCUUGGAGAGCCACUCAGGUUGAUAAAGCAGGAGGUCAGCAUUCUAAACAGGGCCUGAUCCACUAGAAGUCCUGCUCUCAGGCUCCAGGGCAACCGUGCAGGGCACACCCUUGGUCAGGGUUCCCCCCCCCGUCCCCCCGUGGGGUUGGGCUUCUAGGGCUCACCUGGCCUGCCUUCCAGAGGCUGCAGCUGCUGCUUCCCUAAGCAUUGUGGGAAAUGGCCCCUGCUGGGAAACAGGACUCUGCCCCACCCCCCAGCUCUUGCCUUGUCUGUCUUAACAGUGACAGAUCUUGCAGUUGCAGCUGGGGGCAGUUCUGGAUUCCUCUGGUGAUUGCAGCACUGAUACCAGGCCAGAGAAACCAGAAGGGCGACAUGGCAGGAUAUAGCCACUGCACGAAGGCCACAGAACCCUCUUCCCCAUAAGCACCUCAGAGCGGAGGCUGAAGAGGGCAGCUGAGGGGCUGCCAUCAUGAAAGGGGCUGCUAAGUGCAGUUCAGACUCCAGCAGGAGAUGCCUGUUUUCAGUAUGGCUCACCUAUAAGUCUUUGACAUAUCUUAGAAACCUGAAAAAUGUUCUCCACACCCCACCCCACCCCGGGUUUAUACCUGUUGCAGACUUUGGCUUUGCAGCUUCUGCCAUGGUGUCUUCAGAUAUGCUUUUUUUCCUGUUUUCAGUUUGUGACUUUCUGAAUCUGACUGGUAUUGUUACAAGUGAUAUUGACCUCUAUUACUCCUCUGUCUCCUCCUAAUUAAAUUUGUAUAUCAUCCUUCAUCUGAAAACCACAAGGCAGUUAACAAUGUAAAACCCUCAAAGUACAUAAUAAAAACAAGAACAAAAACAAAACAGUAAUGCUCCCAUCCAAAAAACACAUUUAAAAGCACAUUGACUGCUAAUCAGCCAAAGGUCUGGUUGCAUGGGAACAUUUUUGCCUGGGUCUCUGGGCAGACACAAUGAUGCUAAGCUUGCAAUUCAGAAUCCUUGUACUGAAGUUUGUGCAGAUUUUCAAAGGCUCUAAAAACAAGUUUAAAGUGAAUCACACUGUCUCUCAGGGACCCACGGUCUGGGGGCCUGCAAUGCAAAGCUCAGUGAGCCCAUUCAGAAUACCUUUCCAUUAUUUGAUAUUAAGCUGGAGCUUAUUAAGAAGGUCUGUCAGAAGUGUCCAGAAUAGAAGUAGACCUCCAUCUUGAACGCAGGUCAGCUGACAGAGUUACACUAUGGAACUCAUUUCCAGAAGAGGCGGAGAUGGCCACCCGCUUGAAAGGCUUUGAAAGAGAAUGAGACAAAUCCAUGGAGGAGGAGGAGGAGGAGGAAUGGCCGAGAGGCCAUGGAUGGCUCCCAGCUAGGAUGUCUAUGCUCUGCCUCCUGGUCGGAAGCAGCAAUACUUCUGAAUCCCAUUUGCUGGAAACUUCUGGAGGGGAGAAUUGCUCUUGUGCUCAAAUCCUGCUUGACGGCUUCCCAAAGGCAUCUGCUGGGCCACUGGACUAGAAAGGGUCAUUUGCCUGGUCCAGCAGGCUCUUCUCAAGAACAUCAUGUGGAAGUAUCUGCUUCAGUGUCCACACUUGGGUAGGAUGUGAUUUUAUGUUGAUCUCCCCCACUCUCAACCCGCAUCAGAUUAUUCAUAGACUGGGGAAACCCCAAUUAAUUGGGAGGAAAGUUCAGGUUGUCCCUUGGAUGAGGGUGACAUCAUGGGGACAAUGCAAAAGCCCUGAACCCAUGAAGUGCCUUGAAUCCCCUUGGACCUGCACCCCAGGCAGCGAGCAAGCAGCUCCUUCCCUGCCACCACCUCUGCUUGGUCAGUCGCUGUGGCUCCCUGGGCAAGCAGAUGGAAGGAAAAGCAGAUUUGCUGCAUGAUGAAAUAUGCUGUGUCUCAUUCCUGGCCGCCUUAAAACAACCCAAAAUUCAGAGUGGGACAGACGGCAGGAGACAGAAAAGACGCUGCAGCAGUGUGAAAGAGAGAAGCAGGGACACCCCAAAGCAGGGAGCUGGGGCGGGGGCUUGUGGGUUCCAGGGAGGUGCCUGGUGGGCCUUUGGGGGGGGAUGCUGCACGCUGGGCCCACCUUGCUGUGAGCCAGCAGGAACCUUCUCAUGGAUCCGGAGGUGCCAGGAGAGUCCUGCAUUUUGGAGGCUCUGUGGGUGGCUGCGUCUGCCUGCAUCUGCCUUGGCUUUCCUUCAAGGGCCUCCCACACACCUCCAGCGGUGACCUUUGGGCACAGAAGGUUGCAGUUGUUAUCUUGAAGACCAACAGAAGGCGAUUGGCUAGCAAUCCAGCCCCACCUUCAUCUGAGCAGUUUUGCAUAUUUUGGACUGCAAUAAACAGCUUCCCUUCGUCCUGCAAUCUGGUGAAGUGCAGUUUUUGGUCAUGGAGACUUGGGAGGCCCCUGGCAUAUUUCUCCUGCUAUGUGCUGCUUGCCUCUUCUUCCUCUCAGUCCGGAGGAAGGCGCCUGGCCACCAGAGGCUCCCUCCAGGCCCCCAGGCCCUGCCCUGGGUGGGGAACAUCCUGCAGCUGGACACCAAGGACUUCCCCAGAUCUUUGGAGAAGCUCAGCCAGAGGUACGGGCCCAUCUUCACCAUCCACCUGGGCUCUCAACGGGUCGUGGUGCUCUAUGGGCACGAAGUGGCGCAGGAGGCCUUGCUGGCCCAGGGAGACUCCUUUGGGGCCAGAGGAAGCAACCCCAUUCUGGCUAAAACAGCCAAUGGAACAGGAAUUGGCUUCAGCAACGGGGAGACGUGGAGGCAGCUGCGGCAGUUUGCUGUUGCCACGUUGGGCAGCUUGGAGGUGGGGAAAAGGAGCUUUGAGGAGAGGAUCCAGGAGGAGGCGAGUUUCCUGGUGGAGAGACUCAGAAACACAAAUGGAAGGCCCUUCGACCCAUCUCGCUUCCUCAGCCAGGCAACUGCCAACAUCCUCUGCUCAGUUUCCUUUGGCAGUCGUUUUGACUAUGAAGACGAGGAGUUUCUGGGAUUCAUCCGCCUGGUUCAAGAAAAUGCCCUUCUCCAGUCCAGCCCAAUGACAAAGCUGUACAAUAUUUUCCCGACAAUCCUGGAAUACUUCCCUGGAUCUCACAAGAAGAUAUUUAAAAAUACAGAGGAGUUAAAGCGUUUCAUCUCAAGGCGGGUGAAAAGACACCAGGAGACAACGAAGCCCAGCCAGCCUCAGGACUUCAUUGAUGCCUUUCUCGUCAAGAUGGAGCAGGAGAAGCAGAACAGUGGGUCAGUGUUUGAUCUUCAAAGUUUGGUGAGGAGCAUCUUAGACCUUUUCAUUGGAGGAGCAGAAUCCACCAGCCUCACCCUGAGUUACGCCCUCCUGACUCUCAUGAAGCACCCAGAGGUCAAAGAGAAAGUUCAUCAAGAAAUUGAUACUGUGAUUGGCUCAUCACGAAGUCCUUGCAUGGCGGAUCUGGGAAAGAUGCCCUACACAGAUGCUGUGAUCCAUGAGAUCCAUCGAACCCUGGUGCUUGUGCCACUGAAUCUGCCACAUGAAACCACAAAGGACACUCUCUUCAGGCAAUACUUCAUCCCCAAGGGCACCACAGUCUUCCCUGCUCUGAAGCCUUCGCUGCAUGACAGCAGAGAAUUCCCCAACCCACUGCAGUUUGAUCCUGGGCAUUUCCUGGAUGAUAACGGAGGCCUGAAGGAGAGCAAAUUCUUCAUCCCACUUUCCGUAGGCCAGCGGGCCUGUAUUGGCAAGAAGCUGGUGGACAUGACCAUCUUUGUGACCUUGACAUCCAUCCUGCAACACUUUGACCUGGUCCCUCUUGUGGCUCCUGAGGACCUCGAUGCCUCGCCAGCACCAGCAUUCCUGACAAUGGUCCCCAAAGCCUACCGGCUCCGCGUUGCCCCUCGCUGAAGGGUGGGCAGGUGGCCACCCACACGGCUGCCACAGCCAUGGCUCAGUGGCAUGUUCUGUUUUUAUUGUAACCUGCCUCUUGGAAGGGUUCUUGAAAGCCGGGAGGGGGGUGAAUUGUUGGAGAUUGGUAAAUAUAUUACAACAAAGGGCAAAGAGAAAAACGGGUGGUGGGUGGAAAGGAUGAAGGAAAUUUAAGGUUUAUAACUCAUGGCACAAAAAGCUGUUCUAUGCACAGGUUUUACAUUUGCCAAGACUGAGCUGAGACAUUGGCGCUGCAUUGCGGGGAAGCUGCAGGAAGGCAACAAAACCUCUGCUGGGCCCCUGAGAGAAGAGGCGGGUGUGGGGCUGGGUGAUCCCCUUUGGCCUGGGCUGGCUGCAGGCGGCUGCUCUUCCAGGGAGCAGCUGGUGGCAUGUCACUUUGGGCUGAGCAAGUUAAAGCAACUAACAAAUUCAAUAAACCGUAGUAAUUGUGUA